UUUUGUGAUCGUCACACGUCACCGUGACUCGGAAAAAUAUUGUGCGGCUGCUGAAAUUAUUGUGUUGAGUUUGGUUGGCCCAAAAAGUAUAUUGUUAUUGAAUGUUGCUGAACAAAGCAACAAAAUGACUUUAACUAAAAUGGAGGUGGAUUCCGGCAAGGGAGAAGGAUUCCGGCCGUACUACAUUACUAAGAUCGAAGAACUACAGUUGAUUGUUGCCGAGAAGUCUCAAAAUCUCCGCCGUCUACAAGCACAGCGAAAUGAGCUCAACGCUAAAGUUCGUAUGCUGCGCGAGGAGCUACAGCUUCUGCAAGAGCAAGGCUCCUACGUCGGCGAGGUCGUCAAACCAAUGGACAAAAAGAAGGUUCUAGUAAAAGUGCACCCUGAAGGUAAAUUCGUGGUGGACUUGGAUAAGAACGUCGAUAUCAACGAUGUGACCGCAAACUGCCGUGUUGCUCUACGUAACGAGAGUUACACCCUACACAAAAUCCUGCCUAACAAAGUGGAUCCCCUGGUUUCUCUUAUGAUGGUAGAAAAAGUGCCUGAUUCUACUUACGAAAUGGUGGGAGGUUUAGACAAGCAGAUCAAAGAGAUAAAAGAGGUGAUUGAGCUGCCAGUGAAGCAUCCUGAAUUGUUUGAUGCUCUGGGUAUUGCUCAGCCCAAAGGUGUCUUGUUGUAUGGACCUCCAGGUACUGGAAAGACCCUCCUGGCCCGAGCUGUAGCUCACCACACUGAGUGCACCUUCAUCCGUGUCUCUGGUUCUGAGUUAGUGCAGAAAUUCAUUGGUGAGGGAAGUCGUAUGGUCCGAGAGCUGUUCGUAAUGGCUCGUGAACAUGCUCCCUCUAUUAUCUUUAUGGACGAAAUUGACUCUAUUGGUUCAUCACGUAUUGAGUCCGGCAGUGGUGGAGACUCUGAGGUACAGAGAACUAUGUUGGAGUUGCUGAACCAGUUGGAUGGAUUUGAAGCCACAAAGAACAUCAAAGUCAUCAUGGCUACCAACAGGAUUGAUAUCCUUGACCCUGCGUUGCUCCGACCUGGUCGUAUUGACAGGAAGAUUGAGUUCCCCCCACCAAACGAGGAAGCCCGUCUGGACAUUUUGAAAAUUCACUCAAGGAAGAUGAAUCUGACGAGAGGCAUCAAUCUGCGUAAGAUUGCAGAGUUGAUGCCGGGCGCCUCAGGAGCUGAGGUCAAGGGAGUGUGCACCGAGGCUGGUAUGUACGCCCUCAGAGAGCGCAGAGUCCACGUCACACAGGAAGACUUUGAAAUGGCCGUAGCUAAGGUCAUGCAGAAGGACUCGGAAAAGAACAUGUCUAUCAAAAAGCUCUGGAAGUAAUACUUUAUUUUAUUUGUAUCUGUAUUUUAGGAAAUUAAUAAGUCUUUUUUUCUGUAA